AUGGCUCCGGGCCGGGCGCUGCUGCCCGCGGCGCUGCUGGCGCUGGCGCUGAGCCCGGCACCCGCGGCCGCGCUGCCGUGCGGCGCUGACUGCCCGGCGGGUACGUUCGUAGCGAGCGCCAGCUGCGGACGGGGAGCGGGCGCGUCCUGCCAGCCCUGCCCGGCCGGCACCUUCUCCAGCGCGGCGGGACGCGGCGGAUGCAGAAUGUGUCGGCGGUGCGAAGGACUGUUUGAGUAUUUGAAAAAGUGUUCCUCAACAAGCGAUGCGGAGUGCACGUGCAAGGAGGGCUAUCGCUGCGGCGGGGAUGGCUGCACCUACUGCACCCGAAGCUGUGGCGUGGGCCAGGAGAGCACCAGGAAUGGUUGCCAGACUUGCCGCUAUGGAACCUUUAAUGAUCAGCCCAAUGGCUCUUGUAAAAACUGGACAAUGUGCUCUGGAAACGAAGUCCUGGAGCCUGGAACUCCCGCAAAAGAUGUCAUUUGCAAACAUGCUUCAGUUAAUUCCACUUUAGUCACUACUCUACCUACAACAUCUCUCGAAAUUCCAUUUUCUAUCACUGUGCCAGGGAAGGAUGUUCAGACAGACACAAUCAGGAUUUCUCUCGCUGUGGCUGGGCUGUCGUGCUUGGUGUUUCUGCUGCCUUUGUGUAUCUGCUUCAGUGUCUGGCACAAAAAGAAACUACACGCUGUCUUCAAGAAAAUGCACACCCCUGAACAGUCAGUUCAGGAAGAUGAUGCCUGCAGCUGCCAUUUCCCUGAGGAAGAACAAGGUGAAUAUCAGAGUCCUGGCAAAUCCACAGAAUUGAGAGAUCUUCUGGUGAACUAGAAAUUGAACUGUCCAAUCAGCCACAUUUGAGUUUUCUUUAGGAAUACAGAACAAGAACCUGUUUAUGUAAAUAGAGCAGGGGUCAACAGCUGAGUAUUAGAGCAGUAAAUAGCCCAGCCACUGGGGGAAAAGUGUUUUUUUUUUUAUAUUUCUUAAAAAAAUAAUAAAAAACCCCUCCAAAACA